AUGCCGCUGGUGAAGAGGAAUAUCGAGCCCCGGCACCUGUGCCGGGGGGCUCUUCCCGAUGGGGUGACAAGUGAGCUGGAGUGUGUCACCAACAGCACAUUGGCUGCCAUCAUCAAGCAGCUGGGCAGCCUCAGCAGGCACGCAGAGGACAUCUUCGGUGAGCUGUUCAACGAAGCCAACAGCUUCUACAUGCGGAUGAACUCGCUGCAGGAGAGGGUGGACCUGCUGGUCAUCAAGGUGACACAGCUGGAUUCCACUGUGGAGGAAGUUUCGCUGCAGGACAUCAACAUGCGGAAAGCCUUCAAGAGCUCCACGGUGCAGAACCAGCAGGUCGUGUCUCGCAACUCCAUCCCCAACCCAGUGAUGGAGAUGUACCAGCGCUGUGACAAACCACCACCGCUCAACAUCCUCACACCCUACAGGGAUGACAAAAAAGAUGGCCUCAAAUUCUACACCGACCCCUCCUACUUCUUCAACUUAUGGAAGGAGAAAAUGUUGCAGGCAACAGAAGAUAAGAGAAAGGAGAAGCGCAGACAGAAGGAGCAGCGGCUGGUGGAGGACUCCACCCGGGAGGUGAAGAAAGUGAGGAAAGCCCGCAACCGGCGCCUGGAGUGGAACAUGAUGGCAUAUGAUAAAGAGUUCCGACCGGAUAACAGGUUCUCACCAUCCCCCUAUCACAUGGCGUCAUCAGAAGGAUCGCUGUCCCCAGAUAAUAGAUCUUAUGCGUCAGACGCGGCCGACCACUCGUACCCGGCGAGUCCCAACCACCCUGCGCAGCUGCUGGCCCCAGCGUCCCACCUGGCCCCGGCGGAGCACAAGGAGGGAGUGCUGGCAGCCACAAACCCCCAGGAGCACGUCUACCGCCCGACCGUGGGCAGCCGGCAGAACAGCCUCAACCGCCUCCAGCAGCCCCAUGUGCCACCACCCCCCGAGGCUGUUCUCAAUGGGCCGAGACCUCACUUAGUCAAGGAUUACGGCCCACAGCCAGUGCCAAUGGCAGAGUACUUUGUGCCGCCU